CCAGUGGCAAUAAAAUGGAUAUGCCGUAAAACCAUACCUUAUCCGUCUCAUUGGUUUAUUUGAGAGGCAAAUGGGGUUAUAUAACAAGUCUGUGUACACGAAAUCGAUUGGUAAAAUGGGCUCUACAAAUUAUUGUUUCAAUUUACUAUAACACAGGUUUGGUGUCUUGAGUUAAGUCGGGAAGAACUGAAGUCCGAGGAUCUGCAAAGUAGAUUCCUGUACUUUUUAGGAGAGCACAGAUCCCUAGAAAUAAAACCGACUUCAAAAGAAUCUUCUUCUGUUGAGUUCUUGAACGGUCGGAGCAGGUAUUUGGGUGUGAGGAAGGCGUUAGUAGAUAAAGUCAAUCAGUCUGGGUCCCGAGGACAACCAGCAGGAGCAAGUGAGCCUCUGCGGGAUUUUGACAGCCAAGCUAUCAAAAAAUAAUGCUGCAGAGGGAGCACUCCAGAUGUUCCACAGCAGCCCCAACAGCCACAGCUGAUGCAGUAAUAAUACCGUUUGCCUCUUGAAUCUAGCUUCCGCCCGGGUCUGCCUUCCUUACUCAUAUCCCUCCUUUUCUCCUCCUCCCCUCCCUUUCGCCUUUGCCCCAGUUCCAUCUCUGUAGCCACCCCUCUUACUCCACUCCCUGCUCAGUGCAGCCUCUGUUACCACCGUCGCAGCUACUGCUUGCGAGUCAAGCCACGCCGCUCUCUACAGCUGGAGGUCCAGUGGGGAAGGUUGCGAGAAGAGGCAAGGAGGAAGCAAAGAAGCAGAAGACAGGCAGGCGGGCAGGCCAGUUUCCUGAUCCGCCUCGGGAGCCUGGCAGUAACAAGGUACAGAAUGAUUUCCUCUGGAGGACAAUACUAUGGUCUUGGCAGAACUGAAGUUCUUUUCCUGAAGUUUAAAAUAUCUGUGGUUGUGAUCUGGUUUCACAUGGUUCUAAUUACAUCUCAAAAAGCAAGUACUGUUAAUUCUACUCCAUCAACUGGAACAACUAUGGCUGAGAUGACCAAAGUUGAAACAACAAGCCUUGAUGGUACUUCAAGUAUAUUAUUUACUCUAAGCAGAGCAGAAAAAGCUAAAAUCACUGUAUUAAAAACCUUCAGUAAAUCAGGAAUAAAAUCUCAGAAUAACAUCUGCAAUUUGUCAUCUGUCUGCAGUGAAUCAGUGUUCUAUAGGGGUGAGGCGAUAUCUGAAGAGCAUGAAGAAAGCAAUAUCACCCAGGAUGUGAGCAUGAACCAGGAUGCAGUCAAUGACACUUUAAUUGAAGACCCAGCACGAAACAAAACAAAUUUUUUAGAACUGGACAAAACACUGAAAAGCCUAAGUGAGUCUUAUUUUAUAGCAUGUGGAGUACAGAACCAAAGCAUAUCAAAUUGUACAUUCAUAAUAAAAGUAAAUAUGACAGUGAACAUCUGCCCCUUGCUGUUUGUCUUAAAGAAAAUAGAGGUGCGUCCAAUAGAACAAUGUUGUUGCUCCUUCAAGUCUUCUUGUCCUUCGAGUCCCAAAGAAUUAAAAGAAUUGAAAUGUGAUCUACAAAAACCAGUACGCUGCCAGGAUGAUUCCAUUAAUCUAUCCAGCCCAGUUUUUCCUUCCCUUGGCAAAUCUAUUCCAGCUUCUCCUCUUGCCACUUUUUCCUCUAAAAUUAGUUCAACUUUUAUUCCUCUGAAUAUAUCAUCUGGGAAUGGAUUUAGUACACCUCUCAUUCAGUCUGCAACCUGGGAUAUUCAUAUUUCUCCCACUCAAUCCUCCAAUCAAACUGUUAUGGGGCUGCCUCAACCAAAUUCUUCCACAUCAACCACCCUAGAAACACCUUCCACUAAAAUUUCUUCUAUUCACUCUUCAGUCUCAUCUACCACCAUUUCUGCUUCUGUUACUGACUCCUCAACUAGCCUAUCUCAUGAAAUUAUUGAAAAUUUUACCACCAGCAGCAUAAGUGCAUCUGAAAUUGAGAACAAAGUAUCUCAAAUGGAGAAGUCUCUGUCCUCAGAUAGCUUGGAGCCUAGCCUUGCAGAGGAAAUGAUCCAUGAAGUAAGCAGACUCCUCCAUGCCCCAUCAGCCCUGCUCACCCCUUUAUCUCAAAGGUUGCUAAAAGUAGUGAAUGAUAUUGGCUUGAAACUGAAUUUUUCAAACAAGACCAUCAGUUUUACCUCGUCUUCUCUGGCUCUGACUGUGGUCAAAGCCAAUGCCAGCACUUUCACCAAAACCACUUUUGCUGCCCAAGACCCUUCAGAUCUUCAGGUUACUUUGGACACUAAAGCUCUUGAAAAUAGUAUUGGUAUUAUUACCCUCCCCACCCAGUUGUUGGACAAUUUAUCAUCUAAAGAGACAGAGAUGGCAUCUAGAAUCCAGUUCAAUUUUUUUGAGACACCUACCUUAUUUCAGGAUUCCUCACUGAAGAAUAGUUCUCUGAUAAGCUAUGUUAUAUCUUCAAGCGUCACUAAUUUAACAAUCAAGGACUUGACAGCAAAUGUGACUGUCAUGCUACAGAAUACAAGACCUAACCAGGAUAACUUAACUGUAAAAUGUGCAUUUUGGGACCUGAGCAAAAAUGGCGGCAGAGGAGGUUGGUCCUCCGAGGGUUGCAUAGUGAAAGACAAGAGAAUGAAUGAAACAGUUUGCUCUUGCAACCACCUUACAAGCUUUGGAGUUCUGCUGGACUUGUCCAGAACACCCUUACCACCUGUCCAGAUGCUGAUUCUUACAUUCAUCACCUAUAUUGGCUGUGGUUUGUCGGCAAUUUUUCUUUCAGUUACCCUGGUAACCUAUAUAGCUUUUGAGAAAAUCCGGAGGGACUACCCUUCCAAAAUUCUUAUCCAGCUGUGUGCUGCCUUGCUCUUCCUGAAUCUGGUAUUUCUCUUGGACUCAUGGAUUGCAUUAUAUAACAUCCGAGGCCUCUGUAUCUCUGUGGCAAUAUUUCUUCAUUAUUUCCUAUUGGUUUCAUUCACUUGGAUGGGCCUAGAAGCUUUCCAUAUGUACCUGGCUCUUGUCAAAGUGUUUAAUACCUAUAUCCAGAAGUAUAUCCUCAAGUUCUGCAUUGUAGGCUGGGGUGUCCCAGCUGUAAUUAUAGCCAUCAUACUAGCUGUAUCACCCGAUAAUUAUGGACUUGGUUCCUAUGGAAAAUUCCCCAAUGGCUCACCUGAUGAAUUUUGUUGGAUCAACAGUAGUGUUGUAUUUUACAUUACUGUGGUAGGAUACUUCUGUGUGAUCUUCCUGUUAAAUGUCAGCAUGUUCAUUGUAGUACUGGUUCAACUUUGUCGUAUUAAGAAAAAGAAGCAACUUGGUGCCCAAAGGAAAACAAGCAUUCAGGAUCUUCGAAGUGUUGCAGGCCUGACUUUUCUACUGGGGAUUACUUGGGGAUUUGCCUUUUUCGCCUGGGGACCAGUUAAUCUCUUAUUCAUGUACCUCUUUGCCAUCUUUAAUACUUUGCAAGGAUUCUUCAUAUUCAUCUUUUACUGUGUAGCAAAGGAAAAUGUCCGGAAACAGUGGAGAAGAUAUCUUUGUUGUGGCAGAUACAGGCUGGCUGAAAAUUCUGACUGGAGUAGAACUGCUACUAAUGGUUUAAAGAAGCAGAUUGUAAACCAAGGAGUGUCCAGUUCUUCAAAUUCCUUACAAUCAAACAGUAACUCCACUAAUUCUACCACCCUGCUAGUGAAUAAUGAUUGCUCAGUACACGCAAAUGGGAAUGGAAAUGCCUCUACAGAAAAGAAUGGUGUCUCCUUCAGUGUCCAGAAUGGCGAUGUUUGCCUGCAUGACUUCUCAGGAAAACAACAUGGGUUUAAUGAGAAGGAAGAUCCUUGUACCAACAAGAAUAGAGUCUCUCUCAGAAGGACUUCAAAGAGGGAUAGCUUACAUUUUGUUGAGCAAAUGUGAUUUAAAAAAAAAAAAAAAAAAGGCCAGCAUGACACUGGGUAGUAUAAGAGUAUAAGAGUCUUAACACACAAUGUGAGAAGAUCUUAAAACUGACUUAUUUAGUGCUCCAUGUCCUUGGGGAGAAUAGAUCCAGGGACUGGCAAUGGCUGGGGAUAAUGAAAAAAAAAGAGUUUUAAAAUUCUAUUAGAGAAGAUUCAUCAGAAGCUAUAUUGGAGCUCAUAUAUGUUUUCAGUUUGGGUCAUCAUUACUUUCUUUUCAAAGAGAGGGUUGUUUUGUUUGUUUGGGGAUUUUCUUUAAGCAUUUAAAAAAAAUACAGUAAUAUUCAAUAAAUAUUCUAAGUAGAAAACCCACAACUGAUUCUAACUUAGAUAGUUUAUUUCUUUUGUUAUUAUAACAUAUAACAACAGUUAAUCACAAUUUUUGUGAGUUUAGUACUCCUUAUUGUAUAUAAGUUAAAUGCCACAGACCAUUAACAUUUUCUUCCUACUUUAAAACCAUAUAUAUUUAUUUCCUAUAAUGUAUUUUUUUCCUUUUGUAUAGAACAAUGAUUGUGUUAUUUUGUUUCAAAAUGUAAUGUAGGAAAUGCUAGCUGAUGAAGUGAACUCCAACUUCUGCUCUUCAUUAGCCAAGAGAUUAUACAGUAUCAAAUGCAGCUGUUUACAUGGGCCAGCCAACAGGUAAAGAUGCUGGCUAAAAUGAAAAGUAUAAAAAAAGACCUUGAACUAGUUCUUGGUUCUGAAUCUGAGACCUGAAUUCUGAGAUCUGAUUCUUGUCCUUUUUGUCUAAUUUGAAAGUUUGCUCAAAGGAAGGAAAAGAAAUACAAUGCAGAUCAUUUAGCAGAACAAUUCUAAACCAUUGAGCAGCCUCAUUUCCCUGCCUCUUGUCCAUCCUGUAAGAGCCUUUCAAAAGAAAGGAACAGAGUAAUAUUACUUUUUCAUGGGAAUGUAUAUAAGGAAAAAAUUCCAAGUUACUAUUCCCUAGAAGCAAAGUAACUGCAAGGUACAUGGUUGACUUUUAAGACUAUUAAGCUCUGUUUUACUCUGAGCUAUAACUGAUAAAUAUAUAUGUAAUACAUAUAAAUAUUAGGGGGCAUGUCAUGUCUCAAAGACAGUUGUACAGUGACAAAGGUAAGCAUGAUAUUGAGAAUGGGAGAAUAUCCCAUAAUAUUAUUAUUCCCAUAAAUAUCAAACCCUGAUUUUUACAUAUUAGAUGGGUUUGCCUUUGCUUCCCACUUAUUGUGUCUUGGUUAUUUUCCUGAAUAUAUUCUUUAGUCCUAUCGGAUCUAUUGUAUAGAUUCACAAUACUUGUAAAAGUGAAUGUGGGGCCACAGGAUAAACAAUAAUGAUGUCUGAUAUAUUUCUGUGAAUGCUUUAUUUGGCUACUUGCCUUUGCACUGUUUCUUUAUAUGGUUUAUUUAAUUCUUUUGUAUUUAUAUUUUAAAAUGUUGAAACUGGAAAAAUAAAUUUCAAGUUAAUUUCA